AUGUACAAGUAUUUUCAUGUGAUUCUGUUGAUUGGUACUUCAGUUGUAUUUGGCGAUAAGUUUAUUGAAACGCCCCUGAAGUACUGUGGCCCUGGUCUGCCUUGUGGUGACAUAGCGAUUGGUACACCCCCACAGACAAUGACAGUGCUGUUCGACUCCGGAUCGUGUCAUACAUGGAUUCGCUCGGUGAAUUCUGGCACAGUAUUCACGAGCGUCCCAUAUGAUUUUCGCGAGUCUUCCACGUAUGAGCCACUUGCGAAAACUUUCUCUGAAACCUAUGCUGCGUGCCGUAUUUCGGGACGGUACAUGAAGGAGGCCAUUACGGUAGCGCAAUUCUAUUGUGUACAUUUCACAACUCAACCUGUUCAGAUUGGAGAGGUCAUGGUACAAGGAGUGAUUCUGGCAGAAGCCUUUGAGCAGUCAGGAGCCUGUUCACAAACUCGACCCUUUGAUGGAAUAUUCGGUUUGUGUCUUAGCUCAAAAACUCCCGAAACUGAGCCGACAAUAUUCGAGCAAUUGUACAAGCACGGAACUUUUGAUACAGCGGUAUUCUCCAUCUGGUUCAAACCGUAA